AUGGAGCUGAAAUUCGAAUUCCCAUUGAUCGAGAAUUUCACGGCCACUUCCAUCAGCUACGUCGUGUUCUUCAAGUACGAAUUGUCGACGUCGAUUGGCUACGAGGCCGAUGUUGCACUGACUGGUACCGUAGACGUGAAGAGCCAACGUGGAUUGUGGGAAAUGAGCGGGAUUUUGAAAAGCGAUCAACUCGAGCCACUACGGGAUGGUUCGGCGCAGUACAUCUUCUCCCCACAAGGCCAAUUCCGCGUUAGCGACCUCUCACUGCCAAACCUACUCGAGCGCAUCCACUCCCAGCCGUUGGCCAUCGACAUCUCCAGAUCCUCCACCUCCUGGCGGCCAUCCGAACACCUUGAGAUUGGCCUCUCCUUCAGAGUCCCGUCCCAAAUGCUGGUCCGCGCCACGACAACGUUCGAGCUGUUGAAGUGGGCAUGGGUUCAGUACCUCGCCCUCUUCCUGGCCACGCGAUACCUAACGCAGAAGGCGCUGGAAUUCCUCUACGACAGCGGGGCGAUCGACGGCGUCGUCGAGUACAGCAUCCAGGCUGAUGAGCCACAGUUUUCGCGGAAA